AUGCAGUCCCUGCCCAUGGAAGUGGGCAGCAGCAGCUCAGCUCCCAGCAACACAUCUGGCUCGGUGGUGCAGGUGUGCUUCCCCAGCGCUCAGGCUUCCGUGCUGGACAGCCUGAACCGGCAGAGGGAGGAGGGCCGGCUCUGUGACCUCUCCAUCCACGUCCAGGGACAAGUGUUCAAGGCCCACCGCUGCGUCCUGGCCGCCUCCUCACCCUACUUCCAUGACCAGGUACUACUGAAAAACAUGUCCACGGUCUCCAUCCCGGCGGUGAUGGACCCGCUGGCGUUUGAGAGCGUGCUGAGCUGCGCCUACACGGGUCAGCUCCAGAUGCUGCGAGAUGACAUCGUCAACUACCUCACCGUGGGCAGCGUCCUGCAGAUGUGGCACAUCGUGGACAAAUGCACCGAGCUGCUUAAGGAGGGCCGGGCCGCAGUGGGAGGAGGAGGAGGAAGAGGCGCUGGAGGAGGCGGAGUGCAGGACAGAGCCAGCGUCGGUGGAGGCGGAGGGUCGGGUAACCCCGGGUGCAGCAGCAGCAACGGUGACAGCAAUGCAGGCGGAGGCGCUGUAGGUAGUGGAGGUGGUAGUCACGGAGGUGUUGGUCGAGAUCAAGCCCAGGUUGUUGGCUCCAACGAGCCCCAGCGUGCCCCCCAGCCUCCCAGCCGCCCGUCAGUGAGCGAGAGCCAGUCGCCCAGCAGCACCAACUACUUCAGCCCCAGGGACGGGAGCAGUUUUGGGGGCAAUGUCACAGUUGCAGCCGGGGCUUCAGUGGACGGAGGAGGGGCCAGCAACACACCCAGCUACUGCACCCCGUCUGGAGGAGAGGAGGCCUUCCUGAUUGAAGAAGAGGAAGAGGAAGUAGAGGAGGAGGAGGAGGAGGUGCUGUACCACCAAAGGAAGAGAGGAAGAGGAGGAGGCAGCGGGAGGAGGAAGAAAAUGAGCUCAGUGUCAGAGCAGGAAGUGGGAGUCAGCGACAGCUUCGGUGUGUCGUCCUAUCAGGACGGGGAGGACUCGGCCUUGCCGCUGCAGAAACGUCCCACCUACAGUCAGCCCAGCAUCAUGCCCCGCAAGCAGUGGGUGGUGGUGAAAACCGAACGCAUGGAGGACGACGACCUCAUCGUCGUGUCCGGGGAGGAGGGAGGAGAGGAGGAUGACGAAGAGGAUGAGAGGGAACUGGAGAUGGCCAGAGAGAGGGAGAGAACUGACUUCAACAUCUCCAAUGUUCGGAGUCUCUCUGCAGAGCUCGGAGGCAGAGACGACAUGGACUCACAGGUGGACUACUGCCAGUCUUCAGAGGACUACCUCAAGUUUGAAGGCAGUUUAAUGGACCAGACUAUAGCUCAGCACCUUCACGACAGCGCAGCAGGUCAGGGUCAGAACCAGAGCGCUAACCGCGCCGUGUCCGCUCUGCUGGGCCAGGUCCAGUCUGCAGCCUCGGCCCGAGCCCAGCUCUUCCCUCUGGACAUGCAGGGGAACCAGAUCCUGCUCUACAGCCAGGCCUCCGGACUCUCCCUGGACUCUGCCCCGCCUCCUCUGGGGAUGGGAGGGGGCAUGAUCGGAGGGGCUUCUUUCAAAGGUCCCAAUCUGGAGCACGGUGCGGUCCACCUGUCGGUGCAGGGCGGUUUGGGGGUUGAUGGCAUGGACGGCGGGGGGAACGGUGGUGGAGGCGGCGGCGGUGGCAACGGCGGCACUGGGGGUUCUGGGAAGGUGUUUAUGUGCCACUGCGGUAAAACCUUCACUCACAAGAGUAUGAGGGACCGCCAUAUCAACAUGCACCUGGACCUGAGGCCGUUCCACUGCCCCGUCUGCGCCAAGAAGUUCAAGAUGAAGCAUCACCUCACGGAGCACAUGAAGACGCACACGGGCCUGAAGCCGUACGACUGCCACGGCUGCGGCAAGAAGUUCAUGUGGCGUGACAGCUUCAUGAGGCACCGCUCACACUGCGAGAGGCGCAGCGGGCUCGGAGAGGGAGGCGAAGGCGGCAGCAACAGCGAGGGAGGGAGAAGAGGAGGAGGAGGAGAGGAUGGGUCAGAUUUGAUUUCCUCCCCUCACCUCCUCCUGUCUCCGGGUGAGGGAGGUCAGGGUGGCAUCCUGGGGGGCGGGAGAGGGGGCGCGUCCGCUUCGUCUCCACAUCUUUCAGGCGGCGUUAUGCCCUCGCAGCACGCCGGCAUCUCCGCCUCUGGAGGCAGCAACAGCGGCAUGAGCAACAACAUGGCCGCCACGGGGACGCUGCUAGGGGUCGUCUCUCAGAGUCCAGGUCAAGGCCAGGGAUCGGGGAUGUUUGGCGGUCUCGGUUUGGGUCGAAGCGUGUGCAACGAAAACAUGUGUGAAGUCAGUGCCAAUGACAGUAGUGUGACUUAAAAC